AUGUCUUUUUCUUUGAGGUCGUGGCACAUGUUGAGCCGCCUGUUUCAAUGGGUACAAUAUCAACAGCAUUUGCAAGAAGAGCAACAACGACAAGUCCAGCAACAAGAAGAAGAGCUUGGUAUGUUGCAAGCUCAGCAAGCUAUAGAUAGGCAACAGUUUCAGCUUGUCUUUAAUCAGGACCAACAGCAGCAACAAAAGAUAGACUUGCUGCAACGGAAAAUAUUAAGAGAAGAACAGGAACUAGAGGUGUUGCAACAACAGUUAUAUCAACAGCAGCAGCGUGAUCACUUGAUAUGCAACUGGUUUGCACCGUUUCUGUUCACAGUGUGGGCGGGCACACUACUAAAGAUAUGGUUCUAUUUUAGACAAUCAUCUACUUAG